AUGCCACCAGCCCACGCUUGUGAUGCGUGCAAACGCCGCAAAGUCAAGUGUGACGGAAUUGAGCCGUGUGCUAACUGCCGGCUAUCUCAACUUCAGUGCAGAUAUAGCACACAUCCUAACAAGCGCUCACGAGGAGGCCUUAGAACUGCAGAGCGGGUUCCAUCUCAUGGAAGUGCUUUGGACGCAACAGGCGGCGGUGUUAUCAGGCACACGCAAACUGAACCAGAUACGAUCAUUGUCAGUCAUCUAGAGCAAACAGCUACCGGAACCGAUCAGCUUUCUCCACCAUGGCUUUUGAGCCCAGGCUUGGAAUUGCUGGCCGAUACGAGCUCCGCGGGAGCGGCUAAUUCAAAUGUUAGCUUUCACUACGACGCUGCCCAAAUCCACCGAGCUCUCCUGGUUGUUACCGGCACUCCUCACGCCCCUGAGUCUAUUUUGGAUGUGGCACAUGAGUGUAUUGACUUCUUCAUGCAGUACCUCUUCCCCAAUACGCCUAUUGCUCACGAACCGACGCUUCGUGAUGCUGCUGCGCUCCUUGCCGCAGACGGUUUCUCGGCGGUGGCCGGCUCCUCUCCAUGUGCAGUCGACACGCAUCACAAGAUGACACACCUCCGCAGAUUCUCCUUGGUCACGGCGCUUUGCGCUUUUGUUACAUCUGUCAUGCCUGAGGCCCAAUUAUCUCGCAGAGCUACCUUGUCGAAGCCAUUCCUCGCAGCAUCUCGAGCGAUGCUCCAAGUCUACGAGGACCAUGACCUCGAGAAUCCAGACUCAACAUCCUUGACCAUUCGCAUGUGGCAGUCAGCCGCGAUGCAAAACACGACUGGGAGGGUGGGAACAUCUUACCAAUAUCACGCUGAAGCUGCCUUCAUCGCGCAACGGCUUCGGCUUCAUGAUGAGAGCGCCGUGCAACAACACACCAAACUAGAAUCUCAAAUACUUCGAGCUAGUUUUUGGCUGUUAUACUUGGCAGAUAAGACGUCAAUAGCUCUAGAAACGCGCCCACCGAUUUUGCAGGGGAGUUUCACCGAUGACGAGUUAACGCUGCUUGACAAUGGCCAACAGGAGGAGCCGUUUUUGGAUACCAGCAAGCCGAUUAAUCGAGACGCUCUUGAAUCCCGUCUCUUCUUGGGGUUCCAUCUAAAGCGGCGGAUCUGGGCUGCCGCAGCUGAUUUACUGUUGAAUCUCAAAUCCUUCUCACGUAACAAGGGCGGAGAGGAAACACUGUCUGGCCCAGGACAGAAAGAGAAACUUACCGGGCUGGCUGAGAUGUAUCUGAGCUUCACGAGUUUGGUAGAUCAGCUGCCAAUGUGGCUGAGGAAUCCCGACAACACUGAUCCUGACAGCAACAACUCUACAGACCACACCGUUGCUGCCUACCAAAGGUUAUGCUUCUGGACACAGCGAAGCAAUAUCAUGACCGUCUUUCACUGCAUGAGGCUUGUAAUCUUACAAAGAUCUGUGACCCUGGGCAUCCCUUCCGUGGUGGGAUUAGACGGACAGCCCAUGUCGUGUGCAAUUCGAAAGAUAGAGCUCGUGCACGAUUUCCUGCAGGAGCUUCAAAUGGUGCCGUUCAAAUGCUUCAAGGUCCAAGGAGAGACAGCGGUCGAACGUAUUCGACGUGUGGGGAUCAUUCUUCUGGAAUUGGUACAUAACGCUGAGAGCAAGACAAUUGAGCAGGUGGCGCGAUCGCAGUUCAAGAAACUAUUAGAUUUUCUGUCCAAAUUGGACUCAAAGGCAUCAGAUAAGCUCGCGGGUACUCCUGCCUGA